AUGGUCGCCGACGCUCUCAUCUACCACCCCUCUGUGGCGCACUACCUGCGCUUCGUCGCAACCACCGUCGGGCGCGACAAGUUGCUGCGUACCCUUCAAUACUUUGCCCGCUUCUAUGCCUGGUACCUCCUCCGCACCAACGGCACGGCUGCGCAGACUGCUCCCUGGGAUGCCAUCAAGAAACAGUUUGGCCUGACCCGCAAGCUGAUGCGCGUCGGCAAGAACGUCGAGCACUUCAAGGCCGCCGCCGCCGCUUCCGACGCCAAAACCACGGAUCCCAUCCUGCGCUACGCCGCCGUCGGCCGCCAGCUCGGCUACGCCGGCUACCUCUCCUUUGACAUGGCCACCGUCCUAGAUGCCGUCGGCAUCCGCAAGUCGCCCCGCGCCAAGACCCUCCAGCGCGAGGCCUAUCGCUUCUGGGCCAUGGGUAUUGCCUGCAGCGUCGUCGCGCAGGUGUACACGCUCUAUCGCCUCCAGCAGCGCGAGGCGCGAGUCGAUAAGAAGGAUGGUGAAGGCGUGGUCGAGGGAAAGAGGAUAGCCCUGGAACGAGCUGCUAGCCGACUUCAGCUCCUGUCUGAUGUCUGCGACCUGUCCGUGCCGACCUCGGCUCUGGGCUGGGUUGCCGUCGAUGAUGGCCUGGUCGGCCUUGCUGGAACCGUCAGCAGUCUCAUCGGGGUAUAUACACAGUGGAAGAAGACGGCGUAG